ACCUCCCUCGCCGCUAGGGCUCCUCUGAGCCGAGGCUGAGGUCUCAGAGGAGAGUUCUGCACCUCGGCCUCCGCUGCUGCCGCCCCCCCACCCAGGCGCUGGCCCUUUAAAGACGCCGCUCUGUGUGCACGUGAGCGUGAGCGUGAGGAGGACCGAAGGGGGUUGAGAUUCCCAGCAAGUGGCGGGCCAUCUCCCACCUGCCAGCUCCUCCACCCUCCACCCUCCACCUCCCGGACUCCGCCUCCUACCUGGGUGCGCGCCAGUUAAAUGGCUGAUAAGCAGCUCAGUCUCCCAGCCAAGCUCAUCAAUGGCGGCAUCGCUGGGCUGAUCGGGGUCACCUGCGUGUUCCCUAUCGACCUGGCCAAGACGAGGCUGCAGAACCAGCAGAAUGGCCAGCGCAUGUACACCAGCAUGUGUUCCUCAGGCGCCCACCUGGCUGGAACGGGAGGGUCAUUUGGGGGAGAGCGAGCAGAGCGCCUGGAGGAGGCAGCACUGCCCUGUCCCGGCCUGGUCCCCGCCCUGCCUGGCACCAAUCCUCCCCAACAUGAUGUGCCCAUAGGAGCCGCCGUGAACUUGACCCUUGUCACCCCCGAGAAGGCCAUUAAGCUGGCAGCCAACGACUUCUUCCGCCAUCACCUCUCCAAGGACGGGCAGAAGCUGACGCUGCUGCGGGAGAUGCUGGCCGGCUGUGGGGCCGGCACCUGCCAGGUCAUCGUGACCACCCCCAUGGAGAUGCUCAAGAUCCAGCUCCAGGACGCCGGCCGCAUUGCCGCCCAGAAGAAGAUCCUGGCUGCCCAGGCCCAGCUCUCCACACAAGGGGGCACUCAGCCAGCAGUGGAGGCUCCCGCCGCCCCCCGGCCCACGGCCACCCAGCUUACCCGUGACCUGCUCCAGAGCCGUGGCAUUGCCGGCCUCUACAAAGGACUGGGGGCCACGCUGCUCAGGGACGUCCCCUUCUCCAUCGUCUACUUCCCCCUCUUCGCCAACCUGAACCAGCUGGGCCAGUCCGCAUCCGAGGAGAAGUCCCCCUUCUACGUGUCCUUCCUGGCGGGCUGUGUGGCUGGGAGCACGGCCGCUGUGGCUGUCAACCCUUGUGAUGUGGUGAAGACGCGCCUGCAGUCGCUCCAGCGCGGGGUCAAUGAAGACACCUAUUCCGGGUUCCUGGACUGCGCCAGGAAGAUCUUGCGGAAUGAGGGUCCCUCUGCCUUUCUGAAGGGGGCCUACUGCCGCGCCCUGGUCAUCGCCCCACUGUUUGGCAUUGCCCAGGUGGUCUACUUCCUGGGCAUCGGGGAGACCCUGCUGGGGCUGCUGCAGAACCCCCAGCCCUGAGCCUGGGCCCCCCCCACCCGCAGGACUAGAGUGGGCCUGGGGCUGGGCGGCCCGCCCAGGACCAAGCAGGGGAACGUCUCUGCGCCCCUCCCCCGUGUGGAUGGGGGCAGAGGGAGGGGUGCAGGGUCCACACACAUGGACCGGAGGGGUCCUGCCUGCACAGCCACGGGGAUCAAUGUGUUAUUUAUGUAGAAAUCACAGAAAUCUUUACAUUCCCGGAGCCAGCCUGUCCCAACUCCACCCUGGCCUGGGCACCCCCCGGGACAGAGCUGGUCUCUGAGCUGGGGGCUCCCAGGUGAGGGCUGGGCGGGGUGGACCUUCUGCUCCAGGCUACGGGCUCGUCCCCAAAGGGGAGGCUGCACAAACCUAUUUAUUAACUUGCUGAGCACAAGUGGCUCUGUCCAGCCCUCCGUCCGUCCAUCGGUCCAGCCUCCCCACUGCUGCUCUCACCUCGGCCAGCCUCACAGGAGAAUCGGGGUCUCCUGCCCCCCACAUUGAGCCAGGAAUCCCAGGCAGGCGGGGGGGUCCACACUGAGUCUUGACUCCCAGGGAAACCCCACCCCCAGCUGUGGGACCCAACAAUCCUCCUGGUGGGCCCCUCUGCCCCACCCCAGACUGGGGGCCCAGAGCGUGUGAGAGGUCUGUGUGCAUAUGGGAGAGCCGCUGCCCUUCCCACGUGGCCAGGCAGUGUGUGCGUGUGCGCACGCCUGUGCGUGUGCAUGUGUGUGUGUGCUGUGUAAACCUGUGCCCCGCUGACCCUGUCCAGAAGUUGUUUCUCCAGCCCAGCCCCUCUUGCUGCACCUGCAGCGGACUGCUCUUCUGAGACCUGCACCCGGGUCUGACCUUGGCCAGUGGAAAGGGCAAGCGUGACCAGUAUGGAGCCAGGGGCGCCUGCUCUGUUGGCAGGGGUGACGGCCAGGAGCUGCCCUCCGGCCACCCUGCUCUCUGGGCCCCUGCAGCCCCACCCGCCCGCUGUCCAGACCCCUCCCCAUUGUGAACAGAGGCAGGCGCCCGCCCUGCCACCCCUGCCGGGUGAUCGUGUUGGUGAUUGGUCCUGACGUGCCGGUGCUGUGUCCCCCACCACCCAGGCCCCCUCUGAGGAGGCCCCUUCCCAGCGACACUACCUGGGGCCGAGGCCUGGCCCCCGCCCGCGGUUGUGCCCGUCAUCUGUUGUACCUUGGGAGCUGCUGCUGCUGCUUACAGAUUUAUAUUUUUUUUCUUUUGAGGAGUUUUAAGAAGUGACUUUUUGUGUCUUGUCAUGUAAGAAGAUAAAUAAAUAUUCUAAGUAGA